GAUUUCAACACAUUAUUGGUAGUCUCCACACACAGAGGAAAGGAGAGGGGAAUGGAGAAAGAGAGUGAGAGGCAGGAAGAGAAAGUCAAGAAAGUAUGCAAAAGGUGCCAUCAAAACUACACUCCUUCAUCUAACACACUUUCCUCAUGCCGCUUCCACCCUUCGUUCUUCGUCUGUCGUCGCCAUGACGAUCAGAAAAGGUACUAUGAAUUGGGACCCAAUGAUCCGCCGUAUGCUGCCAAGUUCUAUGACUGUUGUGGGGCUGAGGACCCUGAGGCAUCUGGUUGCACCACUGCUUUCCAUGUUUCUUAUGAUGAUGAUUGAAUCUCUCUUUUCUCUAUCACCUCAAUCUUUGACUGUAUUGUAAAUCUGUCGGUAAUUCUGUAUCUCUUCUCUUGAUGUGUAUCAUUUUUCAUUUCACUAAUUGAGCAUCUUACACAUGUUUUAUAGACAUAUUGUGAACUUCAAGCUUAA